AUGUUGUUGUUCUUCUUAUUAACUUGGUGGUCAUGGGGAUUAAUAUUCAUUUCUAUUUCCAAUACUAAUGCUUAUUGUCCAAAUGAUGAAGAUCUUCAACAACAUCAUUGUACAUGUAAUAUAAUUCAUAGUUAUAUUCAAUGUUCAUCAUUACCAAAACAAUGCCGUACUUGUUAUCUGUACAAUACAAUAUUCUUUGAUGAAUAUGUUAAUAUAUUAUCAGCAGAAUCAUUUCGUUAUUAUGAUUUAUUUGAUUAUGAUAGUAAUAGAUCAUUUACUAUACAGUUUGCUCAAUUAAAUAAACUUUCAUCAAAUGCAUUUUCAAAAAUUGAUAUGGAUAGUGAUCGAACACUAUCAAUUAAAAUAGCUAAAUAUACAUCAUCAAUAAUUCCAGCAAGAUUAUUUGAUGAAAUAGAAAUUCAAUCACGAUCAAAAUUAAAUAUUGAAAUAUUUAAUGUAACAUCAUCGUUAUUAGUCAUUGAAUCAUAUGCAUUUCAUGGUAUUAAACUUGGUUUUGAAAGUAUAUUUCGAUUUUCUAUACUUUCUAUGAAAGAUACAAUUGAAUUUCAGGCAAAUGCUGGUUCAUUUUAUAUCCCAGCUUAUUCAACAAUGGAAUUUUAUUUUUCAAAUUUUGUUUAUGCAUCAUUAAAUGAUCAUAGUUUUAAUCAUAUAACUCAAGCACAUUCAAGUAAUUUACAAAUAAAUUUCAAUUAUUUUCAUUCUGCAUCAAUUGGUUAUGCAUCUUUUUAUGAAUAUCAUCAACUUGAUGAAUCACAAUUUCAUUUAAUCUUUUCAAAUUUUCAAGAUUUAACUAUUGAACCAAAGCUAUUCCAUACAGUAACUCAAUUAAAAUCUUCAAUAACAUUUUCUCUAUAUAAUAUAACAAAUGAUUUAUGUUUACCAUCUGAAACAUUUAGUCAAAUAAAACAAGAUUUUAAUUCAACAUUUCAAUUUGAAAUUGAUUAUGGAAAAGAUGUUUUAUUUACUCCAAAGACAUUUUUUAAUAUUAGUCAAUUUGCACAAUCAAAAUUAUCGAUUAUUCUAAGAAAUUCUUAUGAUGUUUAUUUUAUGAAUCAAUCAAUAAAAAAUAUUCAUCAACAAGAACAAUCAUUACUUGAUAUUUGGAUAAAAUAUGGAAGAAAUUUGAUAUUUCAAGAGAAUUCUAUUCAAAAUAUUGAUAUUCAACAUUCAAGUAUAAUGCGAAUUGGUUAUCAAUAUUCAUAUGGAACAUUACAAAUGGAUUUAAAUGCUUUUGCUAAUAUUAAUGAAGGUCGAGGUGGAGAAUUAUUAUUUCAAAUAAUGAAUUCAUCAGAUUUUUCUCUUCGUUUUAAUCAAUCAAUCAUAUUAGAACAAUUAGAAAUUGUUGAUCGAAUAUUAACUGAUCAAGAUUUAUGUCGAAUUAUUGAUAUACCAUCACAUAUACCAGUUAAACUUUUAAAUGAAAAUUUAUGUUCAUGUUCAGUAUUUUAUUUAUAUCGACAUCUUCGUCAUUCAUUAAAUCCAUUGAUUUUAAAAGAUUUAACACCCUUAUGUUAUAUUAAUUUACCUCUUGAUGAAAUUGAACAAGAAGAAAAUAAAUGUCUAUUUGAUAAACAAAUUUCUUAUUGUCAUCAAAUGCAAAAACAAAAUAAUAUUGAAACUCCAAAUGGAAAAUGUUCGAAAAAAUCUUUAGUAAUUUCCAAUACACAACAUAAUUCAGUAUCAUACUUAUCAUUAAUAUCUAUUUUUAUAUGUAUUAUCUUUGGUUUAUUAAGUAUUUAUAUUCUUAAAAAACGUCAAAGAUAUUUAUUCAUAUCGAAUAUAUUCAAUAAAUUUUCUUUUUAUUAUCAUCAUCAUCAUCAUCAAAAAUUACCUUUAUUUACUGAUGAUUCUUAUCAACAAUUAACAUCUAUGAAUGAAAAUAAUUCUGAUGAUAAUUUCAAUCAAGAAGAUUUAUCAAAUAAAAUGAUGCAAAUUGUUAUGAAAUAUGAUUCAACAACAAAACAAACACAGCCAUUUAUUCAAACUGAUAAAUCAGAUUUUAUCGUAUCAAAUUAUAUUGAAAAUCAACAAAAUGAACAUACGACGUUGAAAUUAAAUACAAAUCCUUUAAGUGACAUUGAGGAUAAACAAUAG